GGAAUAUUAAAAGGAAAAAAUGAUGAAUAUUUUACGUAUUAAAAUUAUUUUAUGCUUUUAUGCGUGUUGAGAUCAGCGUGCCAGUAUAGGUACAUUAAAUAAUGAGCCAGAAACCACCGAAUCACAUCAUUUGACUUGAAUGAGACGUGUAUCGGAACAAUUAUCAAACUCAAGGCUACAAGUUCAGCAAAAAUCAGUAAAAUCCCCACAGCAGCAUGGAGGGCGUUCCAGUGAUGGAAGAAUUUGCGCAGCGGAUGUAGCGCCGCCUCCAAUUGGACCAAUGCCGAGAAGACCAUUUGGAACAUGUUUACAGGCUAAUAGAGGACGUGAAAAACUUUGGGGUACAAUCGUACAUAAAUAGCGAAGGCGAAGAAUUAUGUAUAUGUUUAUGUAACUAUUGUUAAUAACCUAAAUAUUUGAUUAUAUUAAUGAUAUGAAUACUAAUUCUGAAUGGAACAUACAAUAAUAAUGAUGGGGACCAUAUUGGAUGAUGAACCUUAUUGUAUUCUUAUAUCAACACAUAUAAAAAAUAAAAAAAAAUUAAAUAAUUACUUUUGCGGGUCACCCAGAGUUGUACUAACAUUUGAAUAUACGGUAAAUUUCUAUUUAGUUUAAUUGAAAUCCCCAGGUCAUAUGUUAAACAAACCCAAUGCAUUUUGCAUUAUCAAGUUGAGCGAUUUCUUUGAAACGAGCUACGUGCACAUGCGGCGCUUUGCCAGCACGGGUACCUACUAUUAACUAUAUAUAUAUAUAACGGUACCGGUAUCUGUUUUUCUCAAGUCCAAAGUCCUUGUAAAUUGUAACAGGAUAUGUUAUUUCUAUAUACUGACAUAGCCUACAGAGCAUUGUUAACUUCAGUCGUAAGCUGCCGGUAUCGGCGGCUGGUAGUUUUACAGCCUGACAGUGGGGGAUGCUGAUGUUACACAGGACAAGCCAUUAUUCUCUUUCUUUAUGCACUGUACAGCAUGGAUACCUUGCUUGCGAAAGGAAAAUAUCCAAUUACUUAAAAAGACUUUGGAAAGAAGGAGAAGUUGAGAGACAUAAAGAGUUCCAAACCUGGGCAGAGUUUGAAAAUAGGGGAUUUAAAAAGCCAGAGUAUACAGACUGCUGGAUUAUUGAAAAAUAUGGAUUACCAAAGAAUGAACUUAAAAAAGAUGUGAUAAAUGUGAACUACCAAAAAUUCCAAUCUUGGGAUGCCAGACAUGCUCGAAUGCGACAAGCAGUUUACAAACCAAAUGAAGUUUUGGUGAAGGUUCAUGCCGCAAGUAUAAAUCCCAUAGAUUUAGCUAUCUGUCGAGGGUAUGGAAAAAAUCUUUUUAAUUUUCGGAGGAACUUUCUUUUAGAACCAUUCAGUCAUUUCAUUAAGAUGGGUGAUUAUACAGAAUUUCCCUUGAUUUUAGGUCGUGAUUUUUCUGGUACUGUAGUAGAUGUUGGUUCAGGUGUACACGAUAUUGUCCCAGGAGACGAAGUGUUUGGGGCUCAGCAACUUUUUCGGAAUGGCUCUUUUGCAGACUGGAUUUGCGUUGACUUUAACUGUAUCAGUCAGAAACCUGCCACUUUGAGUCAUAUAGAAGCUGCAACACUUCCAUAUGUAGCGUUGACUGUGACAUCCGCUUUGAAAAAUUUCAUUAAGAAUGCCACUGGUAAACGUGUUUUAUUGCUCGGAGGGGCAGGCGGUAUAGGAACUUUUGCUAUACAAUAUUUAAACAAGGGGUUCCAUGUUGCAGUUACAUGCAGUGAAAAAAGCAAUUCAUUAUGUUCAAGUCUUGGUGCUGCCGAUUGUUUUGAUUAUACCUUGCCAGAUUUCAAUGAACGAAUUUUGGAGGAACCAAGAUAUGACCUUGUAUUUGAUAUUGUUGGGUCAUCUAAUCCAGAGCAUGCAAAAAGUAUGUUGCAUAAUGGUGGAACAUAUGUGACUUUAAAGUCACCUCUUGUGCAAAAUACUGAUGACUAUGGUCUGUUGUUUGGUUUAUCCACAUCAGCUACUUCAUAUCUAAAGACGAGUCUAUUUCGGAAUAAUAUUAAAAUUAAAUGGCCAUAUUUUGCUCCCGACAGACUUGCAUUACUGGAAGUUGCAAAACUUGUUGAUGAAGGAUUAAUUCAAACGGUUAUACAUGAAACAUUUAAUUUUCAAGAUGUACCCAUGGCUUUGGAAAUGUUAGAAGCUGGAAAAACUAAAGGCAAAAUUGCCAUUAAUGUGUCAGGACUUUCCGAAGCAACUGAAAAACCGAAUAUUGAAAAAAUAAUACAUUUAUGAUAUAAACAAUCGCUGAGUUUUUAUCGCUAUCGAUGCGGUUGACCUACCAAUUUGAUAAUAAGAUGAUAUAGUGAACCGCUUUUUGAAGCACAUUCUCAAUAUAUAAAUUCCCAUAUAGGGGCAAGUGCAUUGCUUGGACCUUGAAUUGAACAAUCGGAUCAUUUCCAUAUAUGAAUCAAAUAACUUUUUUAGACUGUAGUUUCUUGCAGAUGGCUGUACUUUUGAUCAGUUUGAAACACAUGUACAGCAUAAAAUUUACUGUGAAUUCUCGCUUAUCUUUGAUAAAAUUGCUUUCAUUCUAUUACAG